AUGACGUUCGCUGGCGCCCUUACCAUAACGGACCUCGACGACUUUCUCACCCCGUCGCAGGCAUGUAUCAUCCCAGUCAGGACAUCGAACAAGCCUGCAGGCCAGGAGACUGGCGAGAAUGCAGACACGGAGAUUGUCAUCGACUCCAACAACAACUACUACGAGGUCUCAACAUACCCCACCGCCGCGGCUGGCCCAUCCACCAAUAUUGAGGUGGCAGGGAGGCAGCAGCUGAAGAAGGCGGAAAUCAGCCUCAACGACUGUUUGGCGUGCAGUGGCUGCAUUACCUCCACCGAGUCACUCCUCAUCACCAUGCAGAGCCACAACGAGGUUCUCGACUUUAUCAAGGCGGGUGACUUUGCGCGUGCACCCGUUCUGUCCAUCGCUCCCCAAACCCUCGCAUCGCUGUCGGCAUCGUAUGCUGCAGCUCACGGCACCGAGCCGAUUCCCCUCCUCACCCUUUUGAGGCGGAUACGUUCGUUCCUCGCCGACCCGGCACGUGGAGGAUGGCAGGUGUGGGACACGACGUUUGCGCGCCACGUCUCCCUGCGCGAGACAGUACGCGAGUUUGAGGAGCGCCGCGCCUCGCCCAAGUCGCUGCCCGUCCUCGCCUCCGCUUGCCCCGGCUGGGUAUGCUACGCCGAAAAGGCCCAGGGCGACCUCCUCCCUCUCCUGUCUGCUGCUCGCUCGUCACAGGGUGUGAUGGGUGCGCUCGUCAAGAAGUUCUGGGCGGCUCAGAAUGGCCGCAAUGCCGCCGAGGUGUACCACGUCACCGCCAUGCCUUGUUACGAUAAGAAGCUGGAGGCCUCGCGCCAGGACUUCUACUCGGAUGUCUACAAGACGCGUGACACCGACUGUGUCCUCACCACAGGGGAGCUGGAUCUCCUGCUGGCUGAGAUGGGUUUCAACCCCAUUGUGCCCGUCGAUGCCGAGGAGGCCCCUGUCUCGACACUGGCGGCCAUCGACUCGAACGCGGCAGUUCCUUUCCCCGAGUUGCUCCAGCACCCCGGCUCGUCUUCGGGCUCCUAUCUCGCGACCCUCCUGACAUCGCUUGCUGCCUCCCACCCCAAGCCCACACGCGUCAUCUCGCGCCAGAUUCGUGGCUCGACUGAUAAUGUCGAGUACCUCCUCGAGGAUGUGGACGGCAACGUCCUCUUCAAGGGAUCACGCGUGUACGGCUUCCGCAACCUGCAGAACAUGGUCCGCAAGGUCGGCCGUGAGAGUGGGCUCGGCAAAGGUGGACCUCGUGGUGCCGGUGCUGGCAAGCUGUCGGCCGCCGUUGCCGCACGCCGACGCAAGGCCCGUACCGGUGCCGGCGAGAUCGCUACCCCGUCCACACCGGGCACUCCCGGCACCCCGCCAGUCGACGCCGGAGCCGACCUGGCCACUGCUGCGCUCCUCGCAGCGCGGGACGAGAAGAAGCUCGACUUUGUCGAGGUCAUGGCCUGUCCUGGUGGCUGUGUCAAUGGUGGUGGACAGAUGAAGCCCGCAACCGCUGGCUCCAAGGAGGCCAAGCCCGAUGGUCCAGUCGACGCCGAGGGGUACCCCCGCCCCCUGCCCGACGACGGCGUCGCCCCGGCUCCUCUCCCAACAAACUCGGGACUCAGUGGUGCCGACGAGGGUAUGCGCUGGAGCACCAAGGAGUGGGUCGAUAAGGUCGAGGCGAUCUACUGGUCUGGACUGCCCACCCCGCCGGCUAGCCCGACUCUGGCGCCUACCGUCCCUGCUACUGGUGCAAGUGCGGGCGAGGAGCCUGUCCCGGUCCUUCCUGCGCGUACUCGUGCUGCGGACGCGCUGGCCGACGCGGUCAUUGCUGCCACCUUGCCGGAGAGUGGAGACAGGUACGACGCGGUUCGAACCAAGUUCAACCGCGUCGAGGGUGAUGUCCUCUCCCAAGGUGGACUGACGCACGAGCAGGUGCGCUGGUAA